CGCGGGGGGCGACGACGCCGGCGCGCCGCCGCCGGCGAAGGCGGCCGCGGGAGGAGACGGGGACGACGCCGCGGACGCGAAGCACGUCUUCGCCGCGCCCGCGCCGCGGACGGGGUCGCUCCUCGGGCUCGACAAGCUCGCGCGCGCGAAGCGCGCGGAGCGCGAGGCCGCGAGCGGCGCCAAGCGCGCGCGCGCGAUCACAUCGACGACCGGCGACGGGACUGGAAGGAGACGCGAGGGGGGCACCGCGGCGGCGUCAGCGCGCGAAGCGGCGGCGGCGGCGGCGGCGGCGGCGAUCGAAGAGGGGGAGGGGCCCACCCGCGAGAUUCGUCCCGAGGGGGAGACAGAGAACGGGACAGAGACGGAGACCGCGGACGCGGCGGUCGCGACUCCUACCGCGACGACCGCGGCGGCGGACGUCGCGGCGGCGGCGGGUACGCCGACGCGAACUGGGGGUCCGGGUUCGGCGGCAGCGCGCGCGCCGGCGGCGGCGGCGGCGGCCGCGACUCGAAAGGCAUGGAAGCCAUCCUCGCGCGCGGCAGAGGCGGCGGCGGCGGCGGCGGCGGCGCGUCCGCGUCCGGCGCGGGAUCGAGAGACGACGGCGAGUGGGAGGACACCCCCUCGGGCGCGGGCGCGACCGCGCGCGCGGGCGCGUCGCCGUGGACCGACCGCAGCGCGAGGGACGGCGGCGGCGGCGGCGGCGGCGGGACCGACCGGCCGCGGUCCGCGCGCGGCUCGAACCCUUCCGCGUCCUCGCACCGCGCGACGUUCGAGUUCGAAAGCACCCCCCUCGGCACCCCGACGUGGAAAUCCAACUCGUGGAUGAACGACGACAAAGAAAGCGGCGCUGGCGGCGGCGGCGGCGGCGCCCCCGGCGUCGGCGUCGUCGACGACGACCUCGGCGAGGGCGGCGUCUUCCGCGCCAUGCCCGACGGCGGCGGCGCCGCCGCCGGCGCCCACGAGAAGGACCUCGACCGCGCGUGGUACGACGACGACGAGGGCGGCGGCGGGCACGGCGACGCGCACAACCCGUUCGCGGGGUCGGAGACCGAGGACCGGAUGAAGAAGAAAGAGCAGGAGUACGCCAAGCGCCUGACGCGGCGAGAUGGUCGCCCGAUGACGCUCGCGCAGUCGAAAAAAAUGGCGGGCAUACACGCCGACCACAACACGUGGGAGGAGAACCGGCUGGUCACCUCCGGGGUCGUGCGUCUCCGCGAGGUUGACCUCGACUUCGAGACGGAGGAGGAGAACCGCGUGAUGCUGCUCGUGCACGACACGAAGCCGCCGUUUCUGGACGGCCGCGCGGUGUUCACGAAGCAGGCGGAUAUGGUUCUGCCGGUGAAGGACGCGACGUCGGACAUGGCGAUGAUCGCGCGCAGGGGCAGCGCGCUCAUGCGCGAGGUUCGGCAGAAGCGCGACGAGAACAAGUCGCGGGAUCGGUUUUGGGAGAUGAAGGGCACGAAGAUGGGGGACGUGACCGGGACGACGAAGAAGGAGGACGAGGAAGCCGCGGCGAACGCGGAACGGGUGCGCAAGCAAGCCGGGGAGAGCUUGGAGGACGCGAACGACGAGGUGGAGCUCGACGAGAACGGCGAGAUCGACUUCAGGGCGGGGAGCAAGUUCGCGGACAGCAUGAAGGACAAGAGCGUCGCGCGCAGUGAUUUCGCGAAGACGAAGACGAUGAAGCAGCAGCGCGAAUUUCUCCCCGUGUUCGGCUCGCGAGAGGACCUGAUGCUGACCAUUCGCGAGAACAACAUCGUCGUCGUCGUCGGCGAGACCGGGUCUGGAAAGACGACGCAGAUGACGCAGUACAUGCACGAGGAGGGAUACUCCACGUUCGGGAUGAUCGGAUGCACGCAGCCGCGAAGGGUCGCCGCGAUGUCCGUCGCGAAGAGAGUCAGCGAGGAGCUCGGCUGCGAGCUCGGCGGGAAGGUUGGAUACGCGAUUCGAUUCGAGGACUGCACCGGCCCGGACACGGUGAUCAAGUACAUGACGGACGGCGUGUUACUGAGAGAGACGCUGCGAGAGUCGGACCUGGACGCGUACAGCUGCGUGAUCAUGGACGAAGCGCACGAGCGAUCGCUGCACACGGACGUGCUCUUCGGGAUUUUGAAAAAAGUCGUCGCGCGGCGGAGAGACUUCCGGCUCAUCGUCACCUCCGCGACGCUCAACGCGGAGAAGUUUUCAAACUUUUUCGGGAGCGUCCCGGUGUUUAACAUCCCAGGGCGAACGUUCCCGGUGGAGACGUUAUACGCGAAAACUCCGGUAGAGGAUUACGUCGAAGCCGCGGUGAAGCAAGCGCUCGCGAUUCACAUCGCGUACCCGCCCGGCGACAUCUUGUGCUUCAUGACGGGUCAAGAGGAGAUCGAAUGCGUCGCGUACGCGCUCGAGGAACGUCUGGAGCAGCUCAUGGCCGCGGGGACGUGCCCGCCGCUGUCCGUGCUGCCCAUCUACUCGCAGCUUCCCGCGGAUCUGCAGGCGAAGAUUUUCCAAGACGCCGAGGGCGGCGUCCGAAAGUGCGUCGUCUCCACCAACAUCGCGGAGACGUCGCUCACGUUGGACGGCGUCAUGUACGUCGUCGACACCGGAUACUGCAAGCUGUCCGUAUACAACCCUCGAAUGGGCAUGAACGCGCUGCAGGUGUUUCCGUGCUCGCAAGCUGCGGUGAACCAACGCAGCGGACGCGCGGGGAGAACGGGCCCGGGGACGUGCUAUCGACUCUACACCGAGAUGGCGUUCAAGCACGAGCUUCUGCCGAUGACCGUCCCGGAGAUUCAGCGCACGAACCUCGGGAACGUCGUCUUGCUGUUGAAAUCGCUUAACGUGGAUAACCUUCUGGACUUUGACUUCAUGGACCCGCCGCCGCAGGAUAACAUCCUGAACUCGAUGUACCAGCUGUGGAUCCUCGGUGCGUUGGAUAACACCGGAGGCUUGACGCGGAUGGGCGCGAAGAUGGUGGAGUUCCCCGUGGACCCUCCGUUGGCGCAGAUGCUCCUCAAGGCGGAGGAGCUGAAGUGCUCGAACGAGAUUUUGACCGUGAUCGCGAUGCUGUCCGUGCCGCCGAUCUGGUUCCGACCGAAAGACCGAGAGGAAGAGAGCGACGCCGCGCGCGAGAAGUUCUUCGUCCCCGAGAGCGAUCACCUCACGCUGUUGAACGUGUACCAACAGUGGAAGAACAACGGGUACAGAACGGACUGGUGCAACCGGCACUUCAUCCAGAGCAAAGGCUUGAAAAAAGGCCGCGAAGUCCGCGCGCAGCUGUUGGACAUCAUGAAGCAGCAGAAGAUCGCGCUGCACGCCGCCGGGAGCGACUGGGACUUAUGCCGCAGGGCGCUGUGCUCGGCUUACUUCCACCAGGCCGCGCGCCUCAAGGGCGUGGGCGAAUACGUCAACUGUCGGAACGGCAUGCCGUGCCACCUCCACCCGAGCUCGUCGUUGUACGGCUUGGGGUACACCCCCGAUUACGUCAUCUACCACGAGCUCGUGAUGACGUCGAAGGAGUACAUGCAGUGCGUCAGCGCGGUAGAGCCGCACUGGCUCGCGGAGGCUGGGCCGAUGUUCUUCUCCAUCAAGGAGUCGCACGACAGCGCGAUGCUGACCAAGGCGAGGAGGAAAGAGGAGAAGGCGCAGAUGCGGCGGGAGAUGGCGGAUAAAGAGGCGGAGAGAGAGGAGGAGGAGAGGGCGAGGAGGGCGAAGGACGCGGCGGCGAGCGCGAGGCAGCGCGCGCAGAUCGUGACGCCCGGGCGGAGGGCGGAGCCGGCGACGCCGUCGUUCGGCGGCGGAAGCGGCGGCGGCGGAAGCGGCGGGGCGUCCGUCGCCGGCGGCGCGAGCGGCGGCGGCGUGCGGUUCAACAAGCCCCCGAGCACGGGUCGGAGCGACCGCGGGCCGGGGGGGAGGACGCCGCGGCGCGUCGGGUUGUGA